AUGGCCCCGGCCCUGUCCCCGUGUCCCCUGUCCCCCGAGCCCCGGCAGCCCGUGUCACCCUACGGACCCUGCCACUACGAGAUGAAGCAGUUCUUGGAAUGUGCCACCAACCAGAGAGACCUGACCUUGUGCGAGGGCUUCAAUGAGGCCCUCAAGCAGUGCAAGUACAGCAACGGUGUUUCUUCUCUCCUGUGA